UUUUUUGGCUAGACCGGUUUCUGUAGCCGACCGGCAUCCGCUCAGUCUUCGCUGUGAGGUACUCUUUUGCUCGUUUUUGGGGCAUCGUUCUCGCUGGUACUGGCAUCGUUCUCGCUGCUACUGCAAUAGCAGUGCUUCCGAUUCGUUCUAGCCGAAAGUUCCUCCGGAUUUCAUUUAUUUUCCUGUCCUGGUUUUGACUUCCCUGAGAUUUCAUUUGUUUUUGAUGUUCAUGCUUCUUUCACAAAGCUAAAUUAGUUACCUUUGAGCAUCUGAGUUAGUGAAAAGAGAAGUCUGUUGUGAGAAUGGCUGAAACCAUGGAAGGGAAUCGUUGGGAGGAGAUGUUGAAAAGAAUUUUACCACCUGGAACUCCGAUUCCUGAUGGUCCACUUAAUCUAGACUACUCUAUUGCCAUCGAGUAUGAUGGUCCUGAUGUUGACUAUGAUCUUCCCAGCGUUGAUCCGGUCAGCCUGAGCUACAGGUCCAUUCCUACAGCAGAGCCCAUCUCUGGAUCCCAAGAUCGGCCAGUGGAGAACGGAGGGCUGCAGGUUGUGGAGCCAACUCCUCCAACUGUCUCCUCCUUCUCGGGCCAUGCCAGUUCCUCUCGCCGGAGCCCUAGGGGCUCUGGGAGCUCGGAGUCAGUUGUUUCUGUUUUACAGAAUCAAGAGUUCUCAGGUCCGUCAAAUUCUGAGUCUCCUCGUUCUGUCCAUAGCCCUCCCUCUGCCCAAAGCUCUCCACGCAGACCAACAUAUCGAUUGGUGAAUGAGGUAAAGAGGGUACCCGUAGUUACUUUUGAAAGUAUUGAGAAACCCAAUAGUAAGGAAUUAUAUGCUGGGGGAUCUGCUUCGCCUCAAUACGUUGGUGUUUCAAGGAAGGAGAAGAUCAGUGUUUGCUAUCGUUGUGGGAAAAGAAAGUGGGAGAGAAAAGAAUCUUGUUUUGUUUGUGACGCAAGAUACUGUAGUAAUUGCGUACUUAGAGCCAUGGGGUCGAUGCCAGAGGGGCGCAAGUGUGUACAGUGCAUAGGGCAGCCAAUUGAUGAGUCAAAGCGGUCUAAGCUUGGUAAAAGUUCUAGGAUAUUGUCCAGGUUGCUAAGUCCUUUGGAAGUAAGACAAAUAUUAAAGGCAGAAAAGGAAUGUCCAGCUAAUCAACUAAGACCUGAGCAGCUCAUAGUUAAUGGAUGUCCUUUGCGGCCAGAAGAGAUGGCAGACCUGCUUGGUUGCCUUUUACCACCUGACAAGUUGAAGCCUGGAAGUUACUGGUAUGACAAGGAAUCCGGUCUUUGGGGAAAGGAGGGAGAGAAACCAGAUCGAAUUGUAAGUUCAAAUUUGAAUUUCACUGGGAAGCUUGCAAGCAAUGCAAGCAAAGGAAACACUCAGGUUUAUAUAAAUGGCAGAGAAAUUACCAAGACAGAGCUGAGGGUGCUAAAGCUAGCAAAUGUACAAUGCCCAAGAGAUACCCAUUUCUGGGUCUAUGAAGAUGGCCGUUAUGAAGAAGAAGGUCAAAAUAACAUCAAAGGAAAAAUCUGGGAAUCGGCAUUAACAAGGAUAGCAUGUUCUUUAUUUUCAUUGCCUGUCCCUCAUACUACCUCACAUAGAACAAGGACUGAGGCUCCCUAUUCAGCUAGAACAGUUCCUGAGUACUUGGAGCCUAAAAGGAUCCAAAAACUUUUACUACUUGGAUAUCCAGGAGCAGGAACAAGCACCAUCUUUAAACAGGUGAAGUUUUUGUAUGGAAGUAAAUUUACAGUGGAAGAACUAGAAAGCAUCAAGUCAAUGAUUCAAAGCAAUAUGUACAAGUAUCUAAGCAUUUUGCUUGAGGGAAGAGAAUGCUUUGAGGAAGAGGCUUUAUCUAAAUUAAAAGAAAGUGGCACAACCAAUCAGUCCCACAUAGAAGGUGGAGGUAGAAGUGAUGGUGGACAUGGCACGAAUACUUAUUCUGUAAAUGGUAAAUUGAAGCAGUUUUCUGACUGGCUUUUAGACAUCAUUGCAACGGGUGAUCUAGAUGCAUUCUUUCCUGCUGCAACACGAGAGUAUGCCCCAUUGGUUGAGGAAAUGUGGAGGGAUUCUGCCAUACAGGAAACAUACAAGAGAAAGAGUGAGCUUCAUUUUCUCCCGGAUGUUGCAGAAUACUUCCUGAGUCGGGCAAUUGAGGUAUCAAGCAAUGAAUACGAACCAUCUGAAAAGGAUAUACUGUAUGCUGAAGGGGUGACCCAAGGAAAUGGAUUGGUUUCCAUAGAUUUCUCAUUAGAUGAUCGCAGUCCAAUGUCAGAAGUCUACAAUGACAAUCCAGAUGUUCAUUCCCAGCCGCUUACUAGAUAUCAGUUGAUUCGGGUCAGUGCUAGGGGUACAAAUGAGGGCUGCAAGUGGCUGGAAAUGUUCGAAGAUGCUCGCAUUAUAAUAUUUUGUGUCGACCUCAGUGACUACGAUCAGCAUAGUGUGCCUGUUCAUGGAAGGAACAAGUCUCUAACUAAUAGGAUCAUGCAGAGCAAGGAGCUCUUUGAAACAACUGUUAGGCAACCGUGCUUCAGAGAUACACCUUUUGUUCUUCUGCUCAACAAGUAUGACCUCUUUGAGGAAAAAAUCGGUAGGGUGCUCCUUUCAACCUGUGAGUGGUUCCAAGAUUUCUGCCCCUUGCGGACCACCCACAACAACCAAUCCCUUGCCCAUCAGGCCUAUUACUAUAUUGCCAUGAAGUUUAAGGAUCUCUACUUCGCCGUUACCAACCGCAAGCUCUUUGUUUGGCAAACGAGGGCACGGGAUCGGCCUACAGUUGAUGAAGCUUUCAAGUAUGUAAGAGAGGUGCUCAGAUGGGAAGAUGAGAAGGAUGACAAUUACGUUAUUGAGGAUUCUUUCUAUAGCACCACUGAAUUGAGCUCUUCACCAUUCAUCAGGCAGGAACAAUGAACAUAUCUAGGGUGAUCAACUGAACAAGUUCCAUAUUUGCAACUUAUUUGGUGAUAUUAUACUGAGAUUUAUCAGUGUAUUGAUAGGUGAGCAAUUUUCUUUAAUUGUAACAUGAACUAUACUUAUACGGUAAAAAAAAAGAAAAAAAAAACUGUUCUUAAUAUGGUCGUAUGAACAAAUUUUAGGAACUGAUUAAAUGAAGAAAUAAUUAUUCCUUUGUAUUUGUGAUUAGCUAGUUUGUAUGUGACAUGAUUUCGUAAGAUUUGGCACAUAUGAA